AUGGCCUUCUCUGUAGAAGUCUCGUCUUUAUUCCCCUUCUCUCCAUCCAAGAAUGUUUCGCAAAAUAAUACCCUAAUCCCAUGCUUUAUCAAACCCUGCCGUAGGCCCCAAGUUUCGAAAACCCAAAGUUUCUCCGUGUCAUGCAGAAGAAGCAGAGUUUCCCCUGUUUUGUCGUCGAAAACACAAGAAGUGGCCAACGAAGAGGACAAGCUUCACGAAGAAUGUGGAGUAGUAGGAAUCCACGGUGACCCAGAAGCAUCCCGUCUCUCUUACUUGGCACUUCACGCGCUGCAACACCGUGGCCAAGAAGGAGCAGGAAUAGUAGCCGUUAAUCAUCAAAAGGGUCUCGAAUCAAUCACAGGCGUCGGAUUAGUGUCGGAAGUGUUCACCGAGUCGAAACUAAACAGUCUUCCUGGAGAUAUAGCGAUAGGACAUGUCCGGUACGGGGGCUCGAUGCUAAAGAAUGUUCAGCCUUUCAUCGCUAACUGCAAACUUGGAUCCUUGGCAGUAGCGCACAAUGGUAAUUUCUUAAAUUAUAAGCAACUCAAGAGAAAGCUUGAGGAGAAUGGUUCCAUCUUCAUCACAAGUUCUGAUACCGAGCUUGUGCUUCACCUCAUCGCCAAGUCUAAGGCCAACACGUUCCUUUUGAGGAUCCUUGACGCUUGCGAGAAGCUUCGAGGUGCUUUCUCUAUGGUUUUCGUCUUUGAAGACAAGCUCGUCGCUGUCCGUGACCCGUUCGGGUUCAGACCACUUGUGAUGGGCAGAAGAAGCAACGGUGCACUUGUUUUCGCCUCAGAGACUUGCGCUUUGGACCUUAUCGAUGCGAGGUAUGAACGUGAAGUGUGUCCAGGCGAGAUUGUGGUCGUGGAUGGAGGACAUGUUGGGGAAAGCUCUAUGUUCAUGGUUUCUCACCCUGAACCGAAACAAUGCGUGUUCGAGCACGGUUACUUCUCACAGCCCAACUCGAUUGUCUAUGGACGUUCAGUGUAUGAAACACGGCGCAUGUACGGCGAGAUAUUAGCCACGGUGGCACCUGUAGAAUGUGAUGUGGUGAUCGCAGUGCCAGACUCGGGGACAGUUGCUGCUCUUGGAUAUGCAGCCAAAGCUGGAGUGCCGUUUCAGAUGGGUCUCCUGAGGUCGCACUACGCUAAACGCACAUUUAUAGAGCCAACUCAGAAAAUACGUGAUUUUGCAGUCAAGGCAAAGCUAUCUCCUGUCCGAUCAGUCCUCCAAGGGAAGAGGGUGGUAGUAGUGGACGACUCUAUUGUCCGAGGGACCACGAGUUUGAAGAUAGUUCGGAUGCUUAGAGACGCUGGGGCCAAAGAAGUUCACAUGAGAAUUGCAUUGCCGCCAAUGAUUGCAUCGUGUUACUACGGAGUGGACACCCCGAGGAGCCAAGAAUUGAUCUCUAGUAAGAUGAGCGUUGAGGAGAUAAGGAAGCAUAUUAACUGCGAUUCUCUGGCGUUCCUACCAUUAAAUAGCUUGAAACAAGUCUACGGACCAGUCGAGUCACACAGCUAUUGCUACGCCUGCUUUACUGGCAACUAUCCAGUGACUGAAGAGAACAAUUCAGAGAAAGAACUCAACGCUCUCUGAACUGUUUAUAAUCAGAACUACCUCACUUAUCUGUUGUAGUUUUCUUUUUUUUUUGUUCCCUUAAAAACUGGGGUGCAAUAGUGUUUUAGU